AUGAGAAUGAUUAAUCAUAAGAAUUCAGAGCAUGAAGAGGGUGGUCUACUCAAGCAUCCCCACGGAAGCCCCACGUGUUCCCCAGCUGUUCCCGGACUCAUGGUCGUUCUCCAAGGAGUCGGAAAUCUGACGAUUUUAUUACAGACCAAUCUCGAAGCGGCGAUAUGGGGAAAUGAAGUGUUGUUCCACCCGGUGUACGCGUUCGGAACAGCCGGCAUUCGUGGAGCCAAGCAAUUAACGGCCACCUCGAUCGUCUAUUGGGAUACAAGAGUUUGUCAGAACCUUUUCGGAACGUCCAUCAUGUUCGGUGUCGGCACAAAACAUGCUUCUACACGAGCUCGAUCGCAGUUUGUCGAUUUACUCGGUGAGGAUGAGCACUCUUACGGAAUCAGCAGAAAAGGAUUGGUCAGACACUGUGGAAUAGAAGUUGCCGUCUGUGAUCCUCUGCCAUACAGGGAUUGUGUGGUCGGCAUUCUGUUUGACGGUCCAGGCAGAAAAAUCAGUUUUUACCGGAACGGAGAGUAUUUAUGCACACCCUUCACUGAUAUCGACGUUUCGGAACCGCUCUAUCCAAUGCUGUCGAGUACCGCUCAACAAUCCCGUUUCGUUAUUGAGAAUCAAGCCUGCCUCUACGUAGCGCACUCGCUGACUGAAUCUGCUCUUAUGAGGGUGAGUACCUCUCUUCCACAGCAGCUUCACAAAAAUUUCAAGCGGGUGCACCGAUAG